AUGGCCGCCCCUGAGAUCCCGUUGAGACAAAAGGCCGUCAUCUAUGACAAACCUGGUACCAUGUCCACCAAUGUCACCGAGAUCGAUGUUCCUGAGCCGGGCUCUGGCGAAGUGUUGAUCAAUCUCUAUGAUCUUAUAUUGACCCAUUCAAGUGUGUGCCACUCAGACUAUAGCAUCAUGACUACCAAGUGGAAAGUGCUCCCUUAUCCCACUCAACCGGGCCAGAUCAGCGGCCAUGAGGGCAUUGGAGAGGUGGUGAAAUUGCGGUAUAUCCAUCAACCGCCCUUGGUCAACGCGGUGCAGAUAGAACUGAGCGGCUUGAUAGAGCCCUGCGAAGCUGGCUGCGAAGCCCUCGGUUUUUCCCAGAAAGCCUCGGCCUACUACACCGCCAGCACGUUCCAACAGUACACCCGGGCUCCAGCCAACUACGUGACCCCGAUCCUUGAUGAGUUAGCGUCCGAUGAGGCAGCGCCCACGCUCUGUGCCGGUAUCACCGCCUAUUCAGCGCUGAAGCCCCGUAACGCUCGCCCGGGCCAGUGGGUCGCCAUCCCUGGGGCGGGCGGUGGCCUGGGCCACAUCGCUGUGCAGCUGGCCAGCAAGGGCAUGGGACAGCGGGCAAUUAGGGUGUCGGGCGCCGAGCACUUUGUCGACAUUACCAGGUGUCCCAUGGACGAUGACGGCGCGGCCAUCUCCUCCCACGUGAUGUCGCUGACCGGUGGACUGGGUGUCCACGCCGCCGUGGUGUGCACUUGCUCCAACGCCGCCUAUGCCCAGGCACUCCAGUUCCUGCGCUUUAAUGGUACCCUCGUGUGCGUAGGUGUCCCCGAGAAUGGGCCCAAGCCCAUUGCCAGUGCCCUCCCUGCCACCAAGAUGGGGAAUCACUGCACCAUCACCGGCUCCGCGGUUGGCAACCGGCGCGACGCGAUCGAAACGUUGGAUUUUGCCGCCCUCGGCAUCAUCAAGACACAUGUACGCACUGGGAGGAUGGCCACAUUGACGGGAGUUUUCGAGGCAAUGGAGAUGGGCACGUUGCAAGGGGAAGCCGUCCUAGAUUUGUCUGGUUGA